AUCAAGAAAAAUGCUUGAAGAAUCAGUAUGGGCUACAAUGAAUAGUUGGUGUACACCCACUGUCUUGUUCUUACUGAUGAAUGUAAUGAUUGGAGUAGUAGCAGUUGCAUCUGGUUUUGUAACUCCUGCUAAACCUCAACAGAAACAAGCAGAAGAUGAAAAACGUCUUCAUCCACAGCUAGUUAGAUCACCAUCAAGAUUAGAGAGACUGAAAUCUAUGAAUUUCUACAGAUUUAGAUCUGAAGAUCACAACCCAUUUAACUCCAUUACUACAACAAUCAAACCAGAAUCAACAACAGAAACAACCCACCAUGUUACUGAACACAACUCAUCAGAUGAUCAUCAAACCCAUGAAGAUGAUCAAUCAUCUGAAGCAAAUGAUGUGGUACCAGAAAGAGAUUUAGACGAAAUCUAUCAUAACCAUGUUCAUGUGCAGAGAACAACAUCUGAUACAAAACCAGCUUAUGGGGUUAUACCAAUGAAAUUACCAAAGAAGAUGAAGAAAUCAGCUAGUGUGAAAUCUGCUUUUUCACAUUUUGAAGAAGAGGAUAUUGUUCAAACUCCUAAAAGACCAUCAACUGUGAAAGAAGGGAAAAAAAAGUGUAAUGAUUUGCAGAGUUUCGGUGAUGAUGAAGAAGUUGAUGCUAAAGCUGAUGAUUUUAUUAAUAGGUUUAAGCAACAGCUGAAGUUACAGAGACUUGAUUCUAUCUUGCGUUAUAAAGAAACCAUCAAGAGAGGUUGAUUGAUGAUCAUCAAUAGUAGGAUUUCAUCAUCUUAACUUCACUCAA